GUAUGCUUUCACUUUUACUUCUUUCUAACAACUGUGCUCUGCGGUGCUAAAACAGAUAAAGAUGGCUGGAUAUCAGAGAACAGUGGAUCAUGUAAGAGACUAUAUCCAGCACUUUAGCCUUGAUAACUGUGCUCUUGGGAGCCAGGGCUAUAACCGAGUUCUCCUACAGCUGUUUGGGUAUAUGGGUCAUGGCAAGUCCUCCCUCAUCAACUCCUGCAAGUAUGUAUUAGAUGAUGGAGAAUAUUACAUUUAUGCAAAUGCAUUGGCUUCCCAUACUAGUGUCACUUUCAACAGAACAGCCUACCCACUCACUGACACCAUCACUAUUGUGGAUAACAGGGGGUGCUCUACAUUCAACGCGUAUGAGACUGGGGAAAUUUACGCACAGCUGGGUAACUUUAUUCCAGUGAAUCAGAGAGUUGAAUGGACAAAUAACUAUGAACAGAUGACAGACAGACUGGAGGACUCAGAAAUGGAUCCUAAUUUCACAGACGUCACUAUUCCAGUGUUUGUUUACAGUGUUAAGAAGGGACUCGCUGAAGGAGAAAAGAAAGAGACUAAAGAAUUCAUUGACAACUGCAGGAAAAUGACAGGAUUUUAUCCAAUUGUGGUUCUGACCCACAAAACCUGUGGAGACUUCUUACAGGCUGAGAAGGAGUUCCUGCUGAUGGGAGUAGAAAAGGUGAUUAAGAUAGAAAACUACACAAAAGAGGAUCAUGGCAGAACACAAGGGCGCCACAAGGAGAUCCUAAACUUUCUCUACAGCGUUCUGGAAGAUGUCAACUUCCAGAUGAAAUAUAAGAAGAAUCCAAGAAAAGAAAGGGUCCAGCGCAAGAAAUUUCUUCUCAACUUUCUGCACGAGAGAGAGGUGAAUCAAAGACUGGAGAAAAUGCAGAUGCAGAAUAUAACAAAUUGAAGAGUUAUGUAAAAGUGACCAAAAAAACCUCAUUGAUUUAGGAUAUCUCCUCCCUUAUAUAAAAUAGACCUAUAAUACUGUGUCUAGGAAUUGUGCAUUGAUGUUGACAAUUCUGUCCCUACCUCUAUUUCCCCUUUUUUGUAUUCCGACACUUCAGUUUAUUAAUUCCGUUUCAUAAUUCAUGCUGUCAGAAUAGGCACUUUACGACAUGCCUCACAUGGUUGAUUGAACUGACACAAAUGGCUGAACUGCUCCAGUCAUCUCAUUGUCCCAGCACAGUGAUGUCCCAAUGAAAGUCAUCACCACACCCAACAACAGUGUUUAUACUUGUAGUAACCAGCUUUUGUGGACAUUUUGUUUCAGGGCAUUCCUGCUGUUUUGCCAUUGCCUUAUGAUUCAUUUCCUGUUCCUGUUUUCCCUCUUCCUGUCUAAGAUAAUCUUAGUAUGGAUUAGGGCUAUUACCUGCCAUGUUCAAAUAAAUUCCUGUGCUGAUC